AUGAUGUUUCAUGCUAUUACUACCCUCUCCGUUGGAAUGGCUUGCGUAUCCCAAGCCUAUUCAAUCCCCACGCUGCAAUCGAGGGCCACCGCCGGUAUGUCAGCCUUUCCCGAGCUUCAGAGGGCUGCCGACUUAUCCUCCGCUGCCUAUACUGGAUGCACGGGUUCGGCGUUUGAUGUGACGAUCACGAAGCAGAUUAACGAUGCCAUUACCGACACUCAGGGCUUCGUUGGGUACUCGACGUCCAAAAAAAGGAUUUCUGUCGUCAUGAGAGGCUCUACGACCACUGUCGAUAUUGCCAACGAUAUUGACACGACCCUGGUCGUCCCGUCCCUCUCAGGUGUCCAGUUUCCAUCUGGAGUCCAGAUAAUGCAGGGGAUUUACAGUCCUUGGUCAUCGGUCCAUACUGAUGUGAUCUCUGCGGUCGCGUCUCUUAUCGAACAGUAUCCAGACUAUACUCUGGAAUCUACUGGGCAUUCUCUUGGUGGCUCGCUGACCUAUCUUUCCUAUGUGGCGCUGGCCCAAAAUUUCCCUGACAAGCAGAUAACCAGCAAUGCGAUGGCAGCGUUCCCCAUUGGGAACGCUGCGUGGGCCAAUUUUGGAAGUUCGCAGAAUGGAACAUUGAAUCGUGGGAAUAAUAUUGACGACGGCGUUCCUAACAUGUACGUCAGCGCUCCGUAUAACUUCGUGCACUAUGGAACCGUGAGGAAACCCCACACCGCUGAAUACCAGUUUGCGUGGACUAAUUACAAUACUACCGAUAGGAAUACUACAGCGACGGCACCGCUGCGACUUGUGUCCAAUGCUCUGGAGAGCGGGACACGCAAUGUUCUGCGGGCAAUGGCAUGGUCGGCGUCACUGCUGGUCAUUUCUCCAGCUUCGGAGUUGUGA